GAGCUGUAAUUGUAAUGCAUUAAUUGAGGUGGGUGUGGUUUUAACUUUCAAGAUAAGAUGGCACUCUCGAAGUCGGCCAAUACUUACAACAGAUUGAACUGGGAGCAGUCUGAAUUCCCUAUUCUUUGUCAAACCUGUUUAGGAGAUAAUCCAUAUUUAAGAAUGUUGAAGGACAGUUAUGGCGAUGAGUGUAAGAUCUGCAAUCGCCCGUUUACAGUGUUUAGGUGGUGCCCUGGGGCCAGAAUGAGGUACAAGAGAACAGAAAUAUGUCAGGUUUGUGCCCAACUGAAGAAUGUUUGUCAAACGUGUCUACUUGACCUUGAGUAUGGACUCCCAGUUCAAGUCAGAGACCAUGCUUUGAAGGUUAAAGAUGAUUUGCCAAAAAGUGACGUCAACAAGGAAUACUACAUACAAAAUAUACAGAAAGAGAUUGCUAAUACUGGUAAUACGGAACCAGGUGGUGCUGUAGGGAAGGCUCAGGCUCCUAGUGACUUGUUAUUGAAACUAGCGAGAACCACUCCUUACUAUAAGAGGAACAGACCACACAUCUGCUCAUUCUGGGUCAAGGGAGAAUGUAAAAGAGGAGAAGAAUGUCCCUACAGACAUGAGAUGCCAUCGGAUCCAUCAGAUCCAUUGUCCUUGCAAAAUAUCAAGGACAGGUAUUAUGGAACCAACGAUCCUGUAGCAGAGAAACUCCUUGGACAAGCUAAAGAAUUACCGCAACUGAGUCCACCAGAAGACAAGAGUAUAACCUCGCUAUACAUUGGAGGUCUGUCUGAUGACAUCAGUGAAAGAGACCUAAGGGAUCAUUUCUAUCAGUUUGGUGAAAUAGAAGACAUUAAUGUCAUUCAUAAACAAAAUUGUGCAUUUAUUACAUUUACUACUCGUCCAGCAGCUGAAAAAGCAGUUGAACAAACUUUCAGUAAACUAAUAAUUAAAGGUAAUAGACUUAAGGUAUUGUGGGGCAGAUCACAGUCCGGAAUGAUUGGAGGGGGCGGAGCUAACAAGCGUAGCCUAACUGGGCCAGUACCUGGUUUACCUGAUGAGUUACCACCACCUGUUAAUGACACAUUUGAUCCUCUCAAUUUGAAAUCAACUGGCGGUAAUUACCAGUUAGCACCUCCCCCUCCUCCUCCUGGUGCUCCCCCACAAGCUCCUGGUUACUAUGGUAGCCAGCGGUCUCAGUCAGGUUGGAUUCCCCCACUCCCCCCGGGGCCCAUUCCUCCUCCUGCUCUCUAUUAUCCAUCACAGGAUCCACACCAUCUUGGAUCAAGGAAACCGCGCCCAACUAAUUAACUUAUUCAUUGUUAUGUUCUUUCUGUGACAUCAUAAUGAGUUAUUAAUGAGCCACACCCACAUACUGACUUUGCUUCUCUGAUCUGAAGGGGUGCCUCAUUAAAAAAGAGUGAAGGAUGAGUGACAAUGGUAACGAGUUGCUUGAUGAUCCAGUGGCUGGGGAUGAUAGUCCUUCUAUAAAGAAGAGUCCUGCUGCCCCUGCCUCAAAGCCAAAACGAGUUGCUUCUCGUUUCUUUAAUGCCUUGCUAGCUCUUGCUUUCUUUGUGUUGCUGAUACUCUCCAUAGUGUCCUUUAGUUCAUUCUCUUAUGUCUAUCAGAGGACUAAUGGUGCCCAAGGUGUCACCAGUGGUUCCUGUAUAUUGAAUGCAGACUAUCACAGUGAUGGUAAUACUAUUGAUCUGGGGACUGAUGGGUCCUGUAGACUUGGUAUUGGAGGCGAAGUGGUCAUAGCAGUGUAUGCCAUACUCUCAAUAGUGGCAAUGAUCAUCAAGAUAGUUGGAGGAUGGAGCAUGAUGAGCUGUUUCUUAAUCUUUGAAUUAGUGUCGGUUACUUUAAUGAUGUUGUUGUCAUUCUGUACAAGUGUUGUCACCAGUGUUGGGUUUAGCUUGACUUGCAGGAACUUCAGAUCACAGCAUGACGGAGAAGGUUGUAGUUCCAGUAAUGUGGGUGGAUAUCAUUUUCAAAAGGGACUUCAAGUUGCUGAGGCAACUGCUUGGCUUGGUUUUGCUGUUCUAGUUGGUAUAACAGUGUUUUAUGUUUUCUGUGUCAUCAUGUACUGCUAUGGAAGGAGGCAAGCUAAGAAGGCUAAACAAUGAUUAAUAACUUUUAAUUAACUUCUAAUAACUUUUAUAACUUUUAAAUGUGAUUAUUAACCUCAAUAACCAGUGGCCCCUGUGAGUGGAAAUGGAGAAUCAUUCGAGAAGACAGAGAAACAAGAGAGCUAGACUAGCUAAUAUUGUGGUUGGGUCUUUGUUUCUUGUUGUCUUCACAUUCGCAAUAGUCUCUUUUACUACUGUACUGAGGAAGCAAAUUGAAAUACUCAAUGAGGAGUUUUACAGCAACAGUUCCCGUGGCUCAUGUAUUCUCUAUGCUGAUUAUGACAUUCCGAGUGGUACAGUACACUUGGGAAAGAGCAGUGGUCUGUGUUCCUUCAUUAUUUAUGGAGAGUGUUUGGUUAUGGUUUAUUCACUGGUCAUGUUUUUUGCUCUGGCAUUCAAAGUGAUCCUUGGUUGCGCACUAAUGCGCUUUGACCUCAUUAUUGAGUUGAUAUUUCUUGUAAUAAUCACAAUAUUCCAGUUUCUUCUCGGGAUAGCACUAACCUCAGGUACUAACGAUACCUGUAAAGCAAUCAAAGAAUCAAACACGACAAACAGCUGCAUCAGUGCUACACUGCCUCUUAAUGAUGGAUACAAGUUUUAUGGACACCUAAUAACAUCAAUAGUAUUCAUAUGGUUGAGUGUUGCUUUGAUGUUGUUUAUUAUUGUUUAUUACUUGGUUGUUGUCAAUAUUUGUGUACACCAGCGCAUCAAAUCAAGAAGAGGAAGGAGCGACGUUCUUGUUGAUGAGAAUGACAAUCAAGUGUAUGCACUGGAAUCAGAAACUGAACUACAGGACAAUCUCUAAUUAUUUUUAUUAAC